UUCCUUUCCUGGUGAAUUAGCCACAGGAAAAGGGAAGUUGUGGAUGGCAGGAAGACCAGCAAAGGCAGGGUCAGAGAGCCAAACUCAACUCCCACAUCCACUACUAUUGUUUUAAAAACCACUCUAUAGAGGUAUGAUUGACAUACAGAAGCCAUAUGGCUCCUUCUUCUCAACAAGAAGGCGGUGGAGCAGCCUCCCCAGUAGAUGCAGAGUUGCAGAUCUUGGUGAAGACCCAGAAUGGCAAGACCGUCACCCUUGAGGGUGAGCUAAGGGACACCACUGAGAAGGUCGAAGCUGAAGUCCAAGACCAGGAGGGCAUCCCGCCUGGCCAGCAGCAUCUGGUUUUGGGGGGAGAAAUGGCUGGAGGAUGCCCCACGCUCUCAGACUACACCACUGAGGAAGAGUCCACUCUGCACUGGGUGCUUGGUCAGAGGGGCAGCACCGUCGAGCCCUCCCUCAGCCAGCUGGCCCAGAAGUACAGCUGUGACGAGAUGAUCUGCCCCAAGUGUCACACCCGCCUGCACCCCCACACACACUGUCAACAGCCACAAGAAGUAGUGUGGCCACACCUGCAACCUACCCCAAGAAGAAGGUUAAGGAAGUCUCCACCACAACCUUGGCCAGCAAGGUGGCCUUCUGCCUGAACCCUGUGGCCCUGGGGCAUCCAUGAAGUUUCCCUUUCAUUGACUGGAGCAACAAAAAUAAAAA